AUGGACAACAUCGCCAGUACAGAGAAGCGCUUGGCAGAUGUCGAAGAAGAUUUUAAGACUGUGGGGAAUGAUAUCAAGACGACCCGUAAAGAACUCGAGUCGGCCGAAAACGAUCGAAAAGCGUAUUGUCGCCAUCUUCUUCGCGGCGUGACUAUCCCGACAACCUUGGAAGCAUUGUGGGCGUUGCUUAGUUCUGAUAGCGACAUCGCAAUCAUUCGCGACCAGGGAAAAGCGGCAGUCCUCUCGAGCACGGGAAAGUGGGAGUCCAUGACAAACGCGACGUACUCAGUGCAGCAACUCCAGAAAGAUCAGGACAAUUGUUACAAUUACCAGGUCAAGCGAUUCGAUUCACCCAAGACCAAUCCGUCCGUAUCCAACGAAAUGGGCACAAAAUGGGAUGAAGUUGAACUCCGUGAGCAAAUUAAGACUCUUUUCUCCGACAACCCGUUUCUCGAGCGCAUCCCAGACCGGCACAACGACCAAACGAUUGCUGACGUGAAAGAAUUUCUCAUGGCUAGACCCACAGAUCCAGCUGAUGACGCCAAGGCACAAGCAGCGCUUUUUGCAAUGCCAGGGUCCGGGAAAACGCGGUCAAUUAGGGAGGCGGCGCAGACGCUGGGUGCGAAACAUGAGAGAUGGCGCCUGUGCGACUUCGGAUUCAGCGAAAUUGAUGAGCUAGUUGUCAAUGCUAUUGCACAAUGCAAUGAAGACGAGCUUCUUAUAGUUCACUUUGACGAAGUACAAGUCUGGUUGGACUCUCAUGGCGGGGAGGCGGAGCUGCAGAAUCUUGCUGCCAAAUGCUCUACCAGAGGCAACCAAAACCGCAUGCUGAAGUUCAUCUUUACGGGAACGCCAACAAGCCGAUUCACCUCGGAAGUCAUCUCAGGCCUGUUCCAAUUUUCACUUCUGGUUCCUUUCCAAAAAGCUUUGUGCUUAACUUGUACAGAAAUCAUAUUGAGCGGGAGGUGGACGAUUCAUUGGAUGGUCUCUUUGACCGCUGCCGCCAUAAUCGGCGGGUGA